AAACAGUGGAAACUCGCCCAAAUUUUAAAGCCUUUUAGUAAUUAUAUUGAUUUUUUUCAAGAAACUAUUUCCUAACCCGUUUUCUGGCUUUAGUUUUGCGUAAAAAAUCCACAACGGGUCGAGACAGUGCGUGCGCGAGCCCCGUUUUAGCGAUAAAAUCAUUUUUGUGUUAAUUUCUAUCCAGACACAAUUUCUAGGAGUUCGAAUCGGCCGGUCCAGACUGGCCAGUAAGGCGGACACAAUAAUGAAAGGUAAACAUUUUCGCAUGGAUUGGUGACCCGAGAAGGAGGAGAUCGAAAAUCGCGUUCUUCCAAGUCGACGAAAGGAAAUUAGAAGCCCGGCACAAUCGAGAAAACUGCGAAAAAUCUUAGUUUUCCAUUGAUCGAGAAAAGUUGGUUGUGGUCUUCGCAGCUAAACUCAACUCUUUUAAAUCGCCUUUCGUAUCGAUUUCAUUUUGGAUAAAUGCCGUUGGUAGGAAAGAGGAAGCAGGGCUGAUACGUGUACAGAACUGACUCUAUGGUUACUCAGGAAUUCCCGUCUAGUUCCAGUAACGCGUCCAACGUUUCCAUGGCGGCCUUUAGUUCCAGCGUGCCCGUCGUCAAUUCGACGGUUCCAGGUUCCGUGGCGGAUUUCUACAAUGGGAAAUCGGUCUUCAUCACCGGCGGGACCGGUUUUAUGGGAAAGGUAUUGCUGGAGAAAUUACUAAGAAGUUGUCCGGGUGUUUCAAACAUCUACCUUCUCAUCAGGCCGAAGCGAGGGCAGGUGGCCCAAGAAAGAUUACAGCAGCUACUUUCUUCACCGUUGUUCGACCUGAUACGAAAAGAACGGCCCAAUGAUUUGUUUAAAGUACAACCGAUAGAGGGCGACAUAACGCAACCGGAACUGGCAAUCAGUCAAAGCGAUAGAGAGCUUCUUAUCCGGUCCGUCAACGUAGUGUUUCACAGCGCCGCCACUGUCAAGUUUGACGAAAAAUUGAAGCUUUCCGUAACGAUAAACAUGCUCGGUACACAAAGAUUGGUCGAAUUGUGUAGGAGGAUGCCAAAUUUAGAAGCAUUGAUCCACGUUUCCACGGCGUAUUGCAACUGCGACCGUUCCGAAGUUAAAGAAAUGAUCUACCCCCCUCCCAUCGGUCCAGACCAAAUCGUCUCGCUCGUAGAGGCCCUGGACGAGGACCUGGUCGAUUCGCUCACGCCCAAAAUCGUAGGCAACCGGCCCAACACCUACACGUUCACCAAGGCGCUGGCCGAGUGCUGGUUGAAGGAAAAUAAAGGCGAUUUACCACUGGUCAUCGUGAGGCCUAGCAUAGUGCUGAGCAGUAUGGAGGGGCCUUUGAAGGGGUGGGUGGAUAACUGGAACGGUCCAACUGGUAUUAUCGCCGCUGUAGGAAAAGGUAUAUUUAGGACGAUGCUAUGUGAAAAAGAGAAAAAAGCUGACUUGGUACCAGUAGAUAUCGUCAUCAACUUAAUGAUCGUGUCCGCUUGGAGGAUAGCCAGUGUUAAAACGAAAGACAUUCCUAUAUACAACUGUGUUACAGGUCAGAGGAAACCGAUCACCUGGGAAACGUUUGUUCAACUCUGUUUCUCGAACCUACGAACGCAUCCAUUGUCGCAGGUAAAUUGGUACCCCGAUGGCACGGUGACGUCGUCCAGAGCCUACAACACCAUCAAUCAGUAUUUAUUGCAUUUCGCGCCAGCUUACGUCAUGGAUUUUGUGACAUGGUUGACGGGAGGCAGGCCCAUUAUGAUAAAGAUCCAGAACAAAUUACAAAAGGCUGCCACUUGUCUGGAGUAUUUCACGACGCGGGAAUGGGAAUUCGACGACUCGAACGUCAAAGACUUGAGUCAAACGUUGAGCGAAGCUGACCGAAUCGAAUUUCAGUUCGACGUGGCCAAAAUCGAUUGGAAUCAGUUUUUAGAAAAUUACGUAUUAGGUAUCCGAAGGUUUAUCUUCAAAGAAGACACUUCUUCGAUUCCGAAAGCGCGCAAGCAGAUAUCUAGGCUGUAUAUAGUGUACCGUCUCGUACAAAUAAUCAGUGUAUUGAUGACUUGGCAUUUUUUGACGCUCAGGUAUGCUCCCUUGCGGCGGAUGUGGUCAAACUCGUUGCGGUUACUGAUGCACUUAGCUAGGAUGCUGCCAUUUAUGUAAAGAAAUUACCAGAAGAAGAGCGGAAGCGGCCCUAUUUUACUAAACAAAAAAAAACUUGUCGGGGUUCGAGCAAUUAAUAUCCAAAACGCGGUGAAGGGUAGAACGAAAUAAAACUUUGUGGCGUUAGUGCAAGAUUGAUUUGCGAACAUGUUACACACCGUGAUCUACCCUCGAUAAUUUAGUUUUAAACAGUUUUAAGCUACGUUUACGAAUUAAUUAAUUACACACAAAUGGUCUUGCACUAGGAAAGUUCUAUUUUGAUUACUGUAUAAAUUAACUUAUUGUAUAUUAAUGACAUUCUUCAAUAUGGGUCACUCUCCAAUACACGAUGUCGUCGAUAUUACCUAGAAAUGAUUUAAAUGAUUUACCGAAAUUAUAAUUGACAAUAAAUAUAAAGCAUUAAUAAGUUAAA